AUGACUUCUGUUUUAGGUGAAAUGGGUCUUUGGACAGACAAACACAGACCAAAAACCUUGACCAAACUUGAUUACCACAAGGAACAAGCUGAACAACUGAGGAAGCUGGUCCAUGGAGGUGACUUUCCCCAUUUGCUGGUGUAUGGUCCUCCUGGAGCUGGAAAAAAGACCAGAAUACAUUGUCUUCUCAGGGAAUUGUAUGGCCCCAGCAUAGAGCAUCUAAGACUCGAAAAACAGGAAUUCACGACCCCUUCAAAGAAACGGUUGGAAAUCAUUGCAAUUGGGAGUAACUAUCACAUUGAGGUGAAUCCUAGUGAUGUUGGCAUUCAUGAUAGAGUUGUCAUCCAAGAAGUCCUGAAGAACACAGCCCAGACACAUCAACUAGACAGUGUCAGCCAGAAGCAGUUCAAAGUGGUAGUACUUGAUGAGGUGGACAAGUUGACCAAAGAUGCCCAGCAUGCACUGCGCCGCACCAUGGAAAAAUACAUGGCCACAUGUCGACUCAUCUUAUGCUGCAACAGCUCUAGCAAAGUUAUUCCUGCGAUUAGAAGUCGUUGUUUACCCAUCAGGGUUCCUGCUCCUUCUCAGGAAGACAUCAUUCGCAUCCUACAGAAUGUCUGCAAAAGUGAAGGUUUGAACCUGCCAACUGAGUUUGCAAAGAAAAUUACUGAAAAGUCAAACAGGAACCUUCGACGAGCCCUUCUCAUGUGUCAGGCUUGCAAAACAAAGCAGUAUCCUUUCUCUACAAAUCAGGAAGUCAUUGAGCCAGAGUGGGAAGCAUUCUUGAAGAAAACAGCUGACCUCAUUCUUGAGGAGCAGAGUCCCAGUCGCCUCAUGACAGUGCGUAAUAACUUGUAUGAGUUGCUGUCUCACUGCAUCCCAACCAAUGUGAUUUUCAAGGGUCUGCUGAAGCAUUUGGUGAGGAAUAUUGAUGGUGCACUUAAGAUUCAGGUUACAGAACAGGCUGCCUUCUAUGAGCAUAGGCUCAAUGUUGGUGAUACAGAAAUCUUCCAUUUGGAGGCCUUUGUUGCCAAAUUCAUGUCCAUCUAUUCCAAGUUUCUGGAGGAAAAUAUGGCUGCUUUUGGUGGGUUUUUAGAGCUCCUGAAGCCUCACCUG